UAUUAUUUGCUUAGGACGCGGUUGUCGCGGAAUGGCGCAUUAUACCAGAGAAGAUAUGGCCUCUGUCUCGAGGCACUUGUUUAAAGUCCUCGAUGUUGCCGGAGCUUCUGAAUACGUCCGACAUACCAGGCAACAUAAAGCGCUUGUUGGCGAUGUUCUUGCAAGUCUUACGAACGUCAUAGAGAGAAGUGAUGUUGCUAUUUAUACUUUCGGGAGCAUGUCUGAAGGAACUACCACCCCGGGAAUGAAUUCUGAUACUGAUAUAAUGAUGUGUUUUCGAAUAUACCCGGUGUUUGAAACGAGCGACGAUGUACGCUUCGAUGACAUGAACGUCAGGUACAGAACGGAACAUGGCGAUGCCGAUUAUACAUAUCUUAUAAUGCUCAGUGACGAAGAAACGCCGAUAGGUUUCUGUAAACUGGAAUUCAUGUCCGCAGUUGACACAGAACCGAUAGACCCGGACUUGUUUUUUAAUAUAUGCAUGGACAUUAACGGACGAUUUGUGAUCACAAACAGUUGCAUGGUAGACGCCAUGGACCAGGAUGAAAGGAACGGACCUGCUGCUACAACCUUUAAACGACCUGGUUUUACUGAUCUCGACUAUAUUCCUUCUUUCCGAUGCGCAAAGUGGCCAUCAGUUGCAGAGGAAUUUUUGACAAGGAAGCGAAAGUAUGGGUUUCCAAGUACAGACAUGGCCGGGGAUUUCGGUUCAUUCGGUAUAUUUUUUGUGCCCACGGGACAUUCUGAAACACAAGAGAAGCAUCUACAAUGGCGAUUGUCGUUUUCCCUACAGGAACGCAAAAUCAUGCUGAAUUUGAACCCAACACAGUUUAAAUGUUACAUUCUUUUGAAAAUGGUGAAGGAAGACUUUGUCAAACCUGUAGUUCCUGGCAAGUCACUCACCUCAUAUCAGUGCAAAACAAGCAUUUUUUGGUCAAUUGAGCAAACUCACCCAUCGAUAUGGGUGGAAAGCAAUUUAGUUGCGUGUUUUGUGAAAUGUUUGCAUUUGCUUAAGAUCUGGAUUCGGAAUGGAUUCGUCCCAAAUUUUUUCAUGCCACCGGUAAGCAUUUGGAAGGGAAGCAAACAAAUAUGCAAAAUGACCCCAUAG